AUGGCCAAGUCCAAGAACCACACCAUAGACAACCAGUCGUACAAAUGGCACAGAAAUGGCAUCAAGAAAUCCCGGUCACAAAGAUAUGAAUCUCUAAAGGAGGUCGACCCCAAGUUCCUGAGGAACAUGAGCUUUGCCAAGAAGCACAUCAAGAAAUGCCUGAAGAAGAUGCAGGCCAGCAAUGUAAAGGCAGUGAGAGUGCGCACAGAGGCCGUCAAGGCCGUGGUGAAGCCUCAGGCCAUCAAGCCCAAGAUGCCAAAGGGCCCCAGCUGCAAACUCAGUUGCCCGGCUUUCAUCGCUCACCCCAAACUUGGGAAGCAGAUUUGA